AUUAUUAGUGUGGAAAUUGUUAGUUUUUGUUUAGACAUAAAAGUGGGGAUGAUGAUUAGUAACAUGGAGUGAAGGGAGGUGGAAAAAAGUCGUGGCACAUCUCCAGAAAAAAAAGGAGACUCAGUGGACAAACAACUGGUGUAGGGCCGUUAUCAACGUUAGUUCCCAGUGAAGAAGAGUAGAUUUUUCUUGUUUCAUGGAACGUUUUGUUGAAUCGUGAUAGUCUCAAUUGUGUUUGAAAAAUGUUCAGCUGGCUGAAAGGGGACGAUAGCAAAUCGGCCGAGCUAUACAACUCGGUUAUAGACGGCCUUAAGAAGAUCUACAAGACGAAGCUUUUGCAACUGGAGCUAGCGUAUCAGUUUCACGAUUUCCACUCGCCCCAGCUAGACGAUGCCGAUUUCGACGCUAAACCGAUGAUACUACUCGUCGGCCAGUAUUCUACAGGGAAGACGACCUUCAUCAAGUACCUUCUGGAAAGGGAUUUCCCUGGUAUAAGGAUAGGCCCGGAGCCGACUACCGACAGGUUCAUAGCUGUCAUGUACGACGAGAAGGAUGGUAUCAUACCCGGCAAUGCCCUGGUCGUCGACCCUAAAAAGCAGUUCAGACCUCUGAGCAAAUACGGCAACGCUUUUUUGAACAGGUUUCAAUGUUCUAUGGUCAAUUCACCCGUGCUGAAAGGCAUAUCGAUCGUCGACACCCCAGGGAUUCUAUCGGGGGAGAAGCAGAGGGUCGACAGGGGCUACAACUUCACGGGCGUUCUCGAAUGGUUUGCGGAACGAGUCGACAGGAUAAUACUUCUGUUCGACGCGCACAAGCUGGACAUAUCGGAUGAGUUCCGCCGGUCUAUAGAAGCCCUUAGAGGGCACGACGACAAGAUAAGGAUAGUUUUGAACAAAGCUGAUAUGAUAGAUCACCAACAGCUCAUGCGAGUCUACGGAGCAUUGAUGUGGUCGCUUGGAAAGGUCUUGCAGACUCCUGAAGUCGCACGGGUCUACAUAGGCUCAUUUUGGGACCAACCCUUGAGAUUUGACACCAAUAGAAGAUUGUUUGAGGAUGAAGAACAAGAUCUGUUUAAGGAUUUGCAAUCACUUCCAAGAAAUGCGACAUUAAGGAAAUUAAAUGAUUUAAUCAAGAGAGCUAGGCUAGCAAAGGUACAUGCCUAUAUAAUUAGUUCUUUGAAGAAAGAGAUGCCUUCAAUGUUUGGAAAAGACUCUAGGAAGAAAGAGCUUAUAAAAAACCUGGGUAAUAUUUAUGAGCAAAUACAAAGGGAAUAUCAUAUAUCACCUGGAGACUUUCCAGAAAUCAAGACUAUGCAAGAAAACUUAGCAAAUCACGAUUUUAGCAAGUUCAACCAGUUAAAGCCUCACUUACUUGCAGUGGUAGAUAAAAUGUUGUCCGAUGAUAUUUCUAAUUUGAUGUCACAAAUACCACAGGAAGAGACUCUCCAGGCGCCUAAUAAUUUAUCAGGAACAUCAAACGAUGGGAUGGUAAACUCUGGUCUCAAUGGCACUCAUGGAAAUUCACUUUCUGACAUAAAAUUCGGUGGCGCGUUUGUUGGAGUGGAAGAUAGCAUUAGUCCUUUUGGGUAUAAACGGGGAGAAGGCAUUGAUGCAGGACAUGGUGAGCCUGAGUGGGUUGUCAACAAGGUCAGAUACAAAUUUGAAAACAUUUUCGAAUCUCUUGCACCCAUCAACGGUAAACUUUCAGGAGAAGCUGCUAAAAAAGAAAUGAUGAAGUCAAAAUUGCCCAAUCCCGUUCUUGGGAAAAUCUGGAAAUUGUCGGAUGUUGACAAAGAUGGGUUUCUCGACUGUGAUGAGUUUUGCCUAGCAAUGCAUUUAAUAAAUGUUAAAUUAGAUGGACAUGAUUUACCAGCUCAACUGCCUGACCAUCUAAUUCCUCCUUCAAAAAGAAAAGAGGAUUGACUGAAUAAAGGGCAAGAGCAUGUCUUGCCUCUUUUUCUUUCAAUUAGUCAUUAUUGUAUUUAUUUUAUGUAUAUACAAUAAAACUUGCUUAUGCAAUUCCUCCUUAUAAACAAAAGAUUCCACAAUAAAUCCAUUUUCUAAAUAUUUAAAUAUAAAGAAAAAUAAUAUACAAAUUGCUUUUUUAUUUUCAUAUUAUUGAAUAAUUUGUGGUAAUGUACUUCCUGCAAUAUUAGUUAUCUUCAUUUUAUAGGAAUGUUUAUUUGUAAAUUAUUGUCUUUUAGUAAUUAGCAUGCUUUUGAAUUCAAGGCUGGAUAAUUAAAAAGAAAUAUCACCUGUAUAUUGAAUAUGAUAUUACAAAACAAAGCGCACUCACAAAUAUGAUAUUUUGAAAGAUAAAAACACCUGUCAAUUAUUUUGGAAAAACCAACAAAAAUAAAACAAAUAAGGUAAGAGAAAAAA